AUGGCCACCACGAGCUCCGCGCGGACUGGGGGACACAUGCUGUACAGGUGUUCUGUUGGUCUGCAGCAAGCCACCAGGAGGUUUUCAGAGCGCAGGGACAAUGGCUGGUUGCGAUCCUUAUUGAUGCACAAAGUUGACGCCAGGAAAGACGCUCACUCCAACCUACUGUCCAAGAAAGAGGACAGCAACCUGUACAAAAUUCAGUUUCACAAUGUCAAACCAGACUGCUUGGAAGAAUACAACAAUCUACAGGUUGAAGUACAAAACAAGCUGAGCCAGGAUCCGGAUUACCCCUGUGAGGUGGUGGGAAGCUGGAAUACCUGGUAUGGAGAGCAGGAUCAAGCUGUGCAUCUGUGGCGGUACAGAGGAGGAUACCCAGCUCUGACUGAAUGUCUGCAGAAACUUAGAAUCAACAAGGAGUAUAGAGAGUUUCGGAAAGAGAGGGCAAAAAUGUUGAUUUCAAGGCGAAACCAACUUCUUCUGGAGUUCAGUUUCUGGAAUGAACCUUUUCCCAGGAAAGGACCAAAUAUCUACGAGAUGCGCACCUACCACCUCAAGCCUGGAACCAUGAUCGAGUGGGGAAACCACUGGGCGCGGGCGAUCCGGUACAGGCAGGAGAACGAUGAGGCGGUGGGAGGCUUCUUCUCCCAGAUCGGUGACCUGUACGUCGUUCACCAUUUGUGGGCUUAUGAAAGCCUCCAAUCCCGGGACAAUACAAGAAACUCUGCCUGGCUGAAGGAAGGAUGGGAUGCAAAUGUGUAUUAUACAGUGCCUCUGAUCAGAAGUAUGGAGUCCAGGAUAAUGAUUCCUACUGCCAGCUCACCAUUACAGUGA